AUGACACCAUCAACCGCUGCUCGUUUCGCAAAAGACGAUGUCGAUCAUGAGACGAAAUGGUGGAAGGAAUAUCCGAGAACCUGCAACACGUCUUUAUGUUUUAGACAAUAUGUGGAACGAGCCCGUGCUCAAAAUAUGUACAACAACUACAUCACAGAUAUCUGGGUAAAACCUAAACAGUUGGCUCGCAGUGCCAGCUUCACGAAUCUCACGUACAUCAAGGAAGCGGUUCAUGACUAUCCAAUAAAACGUUCUGAUACCGUUUCUUCAUUGGCACCAUCCUUGGCACUUCCACAAUAUUGCAGAGAAGCGCAGCGUAUUGUACAUACCGUCCCUGUCUACAAGCCUCAUGUUCAUAAUUGGUACAACAACAGCUAUUCAGAGGCACGAUGGAGGGAUACUCACGACAUCGUAAAUCGCCCAUAUCGUCCUUCAAUAAACUACAUGACCCCAUUGUCGUCCCAUGUACCGUACUAUACGUUCCAAACGAGACGAAUCUUCUUUGACGAGAAAAUGAGAAACAAUGCUUCUUAUCUUCGGGAAUCACAAAAGUACUUGGAUCGCUACGUUGGAGCACGACUAAAGGCCGAUGACUAUGCCAAUCGCUUCGCCUAUUCCGCUUAUGAAUGGCGAAAACCACAAGAUCAUGCGUUCAACCGGCACUUCAUGUAUGACCAAGGAGUAAGUGCCAUUCGUUUUGCGACCUGA